CGAGUUUCUCUCUCUCUUAGUGCUUAUCAUCACCCGGUGGCGUCCAUUCCUGGCUCACCGCUGUUCGCUUGGAGUACUUACGAAUAAGUCGGUCAGGAAUAAUCAAAAUGGCUUUCAAAGAAACCGGCAAGGCCCCGGCGGAGACCGAGGUGGCCAUCCACCGCAUCCGAAUCACACUCACCAGCCGUAACGUCAAGUCCCUGGAGAAAGUCUGCGCCGACUUGAUCCGUGGGGCCAAGGAGAAGAACCUGAAGGUCAAGGGGCCAGUCCGCAUGCCAACCAAGACCCUUCGCAUCACCACCAGGAAGACCCCCUGCGGUGAGGGAUCCAAGACCUGGGAUCGCUUUCAAAUGCGGAUCCACAAGCGUCUCAUCGACCUUCACAGUCCAUCUGAGAUUGUGAAGCAGAUCACCUCCAUCAGCAUUGAACCUGGCGUAGAGGUGGAGGUCACCAUCGCAGACGCAUAAAAAGCACUUUUGUAAUAAAAAGUGAAACGGGAUAAAA